GUUCUAUGCACGUCAACUUAAAAAGUAUGUUCCACUGACUUCAGUAGGAUUUACUCCCAGGUCAUUUGAAUGUCUUAACCAUCACGAGGUUUCCGCAGUGCCUUAUAACUAGUCAGUACAAGUGCUUGUGUGAACCUCAAGAGCAGACAAGAUGACUUUUAGCCCCUUCAAGAAGAAGCCUCAGCCAGAACCCAUAAUAGCUGUUACCACAGGUACUGCGGGUACACCCCCAACCUCAACAGUGGCACCAGCAGUGUCAAUGGACAACACAACACAGCCUGCCGGCCCGGUAGAGAGCAAGGAGGAUGUCUUUGCCAAGAUUAAAGAAAAGUUCAUGAAUGAGAUAAACAAGAUUCCCUUACCACCAUGGGCUUUGAUUGCCAUUGCUGUAGUUGCUGGGCUGCUGAUCCUCACCUGUUGCUUUUGCAUCUGCAAGAAAUGCCUCUGCAAGAAGAAGAAAAACAAGAAGGACAAAAAGGGGAUGAAAAAUGCAAUGAACAUGAAAGACAUGAAAGGCCAGAACAAACAGGAUGACGAUGACGAUGACGAGGGGGGAGAAGAGGGCGGAGAAGAGGAAGAGGAGAAGGAGCCAGAUAAUCUAGGCAAGCUGCAGUUCUCCCUCGACUAUGAUUUCCAGUCUAACCAGCUCACAGUAGGGAUCCUCCAAGCAGCUGAGCUCCCAGCAUUGGACAUGGGUGGUACAUCUGACCCUUAUGUCAAAGUCUUCCUACUUCCUGACAAGAAGAAGAAAUUUGAGACCAAAGUGCAAAAGAAAACCCUUAAUCCCACCUAUAAUGAGACCUUUGUCUUCAAGGUCCCAUAUCAGGAGCUGGGUGGAAAGACCUUGGUGAUGGCCAUCUAUGACUUUGACCGUUUCUCCAAGCAUGACAUCAUUGGAGAAGUCAAGGUGCCUAUGAACACCGUGGAUCUGGGGCAGCCUAUUGAAGAAUGGAGGGAUCUAGAGAGUGCAGAAAAAGAGGAGCCAGAGAAAUUGGGAGACAUCUGUAUCUCUUUACGAUACGUGCCCACUGCCGGGAAACUUACAGUCUGCAUCCUGGAGGCCAAGAACUUGAAAAAGAUGGAUGUCGGAGGACUUUCAGAUCCCUAUGUGAAGAUUCACCUGCUGCAGAAUGGCAAGAGGCUCAAGAAGAAGAAGACCACUGUCAAGAAGAAGACUCUGAACCCCUACUUCAAUGAGUCCUUCAGCUUUGAAAUUCCCUUUGAGCAGAUACAGAAAGUGCAAGUUGUGAUUACUGUGCUGGAUUAUGACAAGCUGGGGAAGAAUGAAGCCAUCGGCAAAGUAUUUGUCGGCAACAACGCCUCUGGCACAGAGCUAAGGCACUGGUCUGACAUGCUGGCCAACCCACGCCGCCCCAUUGCCCAGUGGCAUUCCCUGAAGCCUGAAGAAGAGGUGGACGCAGCUCUUGGGAAAAAUAAAUAG